AUGAAUAAUUUUAAUGUCAGAUGCUGUUUCUUCAUUUUAUUUUUUUUUCUUUUCGAAAAAGAGUUUUACAAAAACAGUGCUGCCCUUCUUCCUUAUAUUCCAUCUCAUGGGAGCAAGGAGAAUAAUUGUAAUUUAGAAUCAUGUGUGUUAAAUAGUGAAAAGGUUUAUUAUGACUCAAAUUGGGAUCGAAUGCCUCAGGGUUUUGGCAACAGCAGAAUAUUAAGGGAUAAUGGAAAUAAUGAAAACGAUGAUGAUUAUAUUAGAGAUAAUGAAGAACGUACAGGUGGAGAGAACGAUGGAAAAUUGUUUAGCGAAAAUGUGUUUUAUGAAAAAGAAGAAGAGGAAUACAAGGUGGGAGAAGACGAAGGAGAAGAAUAUGAGGGAGGAGAAGAUGAGGGAGGAGAAGAUGAAGGAGAAGAACAUGAGGGAGGAGAAGACGAAGGAGAAGAAUAUGAGGGAGGAGAAGACGGUUACCUUAUGAAUAGUGAGCAAAGGUACGGUUCUGGAAGUGAACUAUUGGAUGGUAAAUUAGACACUGCCGAUGGGGUCGAAAGUGAUUCGGGUGCAAAACGAAAAAUGAGUAAGAAGGAAGAAGAAGCGGAAGAUCACAAAAUAGAUAAAUUAAUAAAUGAGGAAAUGAAAAAAAAUGAGAAGGCGGAAGAAGGGGAUAUAAAUAAAAGGAUAGAAGCAGAUGUUGUGGAGGACGAAAAAAAUAGGCAAGGUAAAAGGAUAAAAAAACUGAAUUGUUCAAACAAGUUAAAUUAUAUACAAGUAACAGGAAACGUGAAAAGAGAAGAGGACAUUUUUGGCGUGAAAGAUGAGGGAAGUUCCCAAAAUGUUACUGAAAUUCAAUUGAAACAGAAAAGAAACAAUGCAAAUGUUCCAAAUGAAUACAAUGAGAAAGUUAUAAAUAUCAAAACAGGGGGAGAAGAACAACUUUAUAAAAAUAUUGAUCACGUGGAAAAGAGGAAUAAAAUAAAGAACAAUGAUUUGAUUUUUAUGGAGAAAACCCUUCAUGUAGGAGGAGUAGGAGUAGGAGGAAAAAACCGUGAUGAAUCUACAAUUCAAAUUCAGGAACGAAAAAGUGAAAAAAGUGCACCUACUAAACAUGAUGAAAGUAGUUUCUUGCACCUUAAAAUUAUGAGUAACAAAAUACCCCUUAAUUUUGGUAAUUUGUAUGAUGGUACCUCCUAUACAAAUAACUUAGAGAAAGCCAUUUAUAAACAUUCAAAUGAAUCCGUUUUUGAGCCAAGCUUUAAAUCUGAGACAAAUAUUAGAACUAGCCGUUAUAAAGAUAGUCCAUUAAAUUUUUCAUCUAUAAAACAGGAUGAGUCUGAUGAUCCGUUACCUAUGAAUUUUAGGAUAAUUAAUUCAGUUGUCAAAGUAACAGAUGAUGAAUAUAAUAAAUUAAUGAACAAGAACAGUGUCAAUGUAUAUGAUCAAAAUGCUUUAGUUGAAUAUCAAUACGAGAACUUUGAGGUGAAAGAAGGAGAUCAAUACAAUGGCGAAAAUGAAAUGGAAAAUGAAGGAAAAAAUAAUGAUGAACAGAAUUUAAAUGAUGAAAACAAAUAUGAUGAAGAUGGAGAUUUAGAUGGUAAUGAGAAAUCUGAUGACGAAAACAAAGAUUCAGAUGGACGUGCAAAUUUCGACGGAACAUUAGCAACGUACGCAAUUGGUAUUUUAAUAGCUGUUAUAAUACUGCUAUUAAUUUUUGUAAUUUAUUAUUAUGAUAUAAUAAACAAAAUUAAGAGACAAUUAAAUGCAAAGAGAAAGAGCAAUAAAACAAUGGCAAUUUCUAAUACCAAGUCCGCUGAAUUAUAUCUUGAUGAUACAUAUACGGAGCGUAACCAUGUCUGA